AUGAACACUUAUGUUGACAACCUCAUUGAGGAUGAAGCUGAGAUUGAGUUUCUUCUUGCCAAACCCACCUGCUUCAUCAUUAUUGGGAAGCCAGUGAGUUAUCAGUAUUGUUUACACACACACAGGCACAGGCACAGACACACACACACACACACACACACACACACACACACACACACACACUGACCUACUGUAUUCUUAUUCUAUACAGGGGGUUGGCAAAUCUACUCUUGCCACAAAAUUAGCUCAGUCCUGGAAGUGUGUCUUGAUUGAUGGUAAAUAUUCCUUAUCUAUCUCAAUCUGUUUUUAUAUUCCUAAUAUCAUGCCCUGUUCUCUUUUUCUGUAUCUAAACAUCUUUAUACAUUAAUUUCAGAUACAGAAUUGCUCAACCAACACAUCAAUGAUCAAAGAGCGCAAGGAGUAGAGGUGAGUUGCCACUGUGCAGCCUCAAUUUGCUGUAUAGUAUAGUAGCAGAUUUACAUUAAUUACUUUUCAACUACCUAUCUUAUGGUUUCAGCUUCUCGAGAUUCUGAAUGAAGGGAAAAGUAUCUCUGAAGAGAUGGUGGUCCAGCUGAUUCUGGACAGGCUCAAGUCACCAGAGGUCGAGCACUACGGUAAUUCAACUAAUUUUGCUAGCCUUAUCCUCACAUUGUUUUUGUUGUUCCCUAACUACAUAAUACUCACUAGAUUCAACACAGUGCUGCAUGUUUUGUGUAUGUUUGAAGUGUGUGCAGUUUCAGGAAAAUGUCAGUAUUGUGUUGUAUGGCAGGUUAUGUGCUGAGCUGCUUGCCCUCCAUGUCAGAGGAGUACCUGAAGAUACUGGAGCAGAUUGAGUUCAUCAAGAACCUGAGACUGGUGCCCGAUUUCAUCAUAAACAUCAAGGUUAUCUUCUUCUCCCUUGAGUUAGCUUACUGUGCCUUGUGCUGGAUUAACAAGACACAACCACAUUUUUACAGCUAGUUACGCCCAUUACACUACACUAUACCAUUGACCGUGAAAUAAGAGUAACAUCCUGAAACUGUCCCCCGCCUGAAGUAUCCUCAUUGCGUUGAACUUUUCCAUCCACUCUUUCUAUUGAACUGUUCCAUCCCCAGUGUGCGGACAGGGACCUGAUCCACCGCCUGGCGGGCCAGAGGCAGCACCCCCAGACAGGCAGGGUGUUCCUCAGGGAGCAGUGGGACCUUGUGAAGAAAGAGACCACCAAGAAAAGGAGUGAGACAGACGAGGACGAGGGGGACGAGGAGGAAGAGGUGCUGGAGGAGGCAGAGGAGGAGGUGCAGCCAAUCGUGAACAGAUUGAUACUACCCUUAUUGGAGAUGUUGUUAUACUCUAUUCUAUGUGAUUUGUUUGUUAGUUUGUUUACUUAGUUGGUUGCUUAUUUGUUGAUCAGGUGGAGGAGCACGAGCUGCAGAAGGACAUGAUUACCCAGCUGGUGCGAGCACAGGAGAACUUCCCAGAGAACGCCUACCGCAGGGUCCUCCUCUACAAGGACACCAUUCUCAGACCUCUAGAGGUGAGCCUACUGAGGCCUGAGGAGGACACACCUAAAAUGGCUGCGAACUCCUGACAACAACUCCAUUCACUUUGUUGACUCAUCAUCAAGUGUUCUAUCUUGAUCAGUGAUAGAGAUGUAGUGUAUUGCUAGAUGGACACAGUUCUCUGUUCUGAUUAACUGUCAUGGCUACCGACAAGCUGUUUGACAAGCUGUUUGUUUCCAGGACUACAUGGCAGACCAUGCUUCCCUGCACCUGUUUGAGCUGGAUGGGAAUAAAAACCCUGAGGAGCUGUUCAUGGUGAGAUCAGAGGGGGUUCUUGGAAAGAGGGUUUCCCUUUCUCAGGGAAUAAGCAACGCAACCCUUAGCCCUCUGUCAAUACAUUAGUCACAUUGAAAACCAUUGAGUUGGCUGCGAUUUUAUUAUCCAUUCUACAACUAACCACAGUGACGGUCAAUGUAGGUAAAGACUGACUUCCUUGUUUUAAUUGCUGGUUGACGAGGUGGUUGUUUAUGGUUUUGGCCCUGGUGUAGUCAGUGCUGUCCCGUCUGGAGUCCAUGGCAGUGAGGAGGGUUGCUGUCCCACUUCGGCUGCUCCAGAUCGACGAGGAAGAGCUGCCUGAUGAGAUUGACACGGUCAGACAUGCUACUUCCUCUCGCUUAUGCUACUGUUUGUGUGGAAAACACUAAACAGAUCUAUUAUUGUAAGAUUAGUCAAUGGUCCUUGAGCAGCAUGCAGUGUAGCUAGCUAGCACAAUGUUAACAGGUUAUGGUAGCGCAAUGCUAUGGGAUAGUAACUGGCAUUGACUGUCUGUGCUGAUGUCCUAUUUCAGGAUGAGAUGUUGCGUACCAUGUCUUCCUCUAAGACAGUGGCCCCUGGGUUUAGGUGGAGGAGGAGUCGCUGGUGUAGAGCCUGCCCUGUGGCCCUGAAGGAAGGCAAGAUCAUCAAGGGCAAACCCGAGUUCACUGUGGGGUGAGUGAGUGAGUGAGUGAGUGAGUGAGUGAGUGAGGGAAAGUGUGUGUGUGCAUGUCUCUGUUGUUUGUGUCUACACAUUCCAGCCAUUAACUCUCCUUCCCCUCUCCCCUUCAGGUUCAUGGACAAAAUCUACAUCCUGUCGUCCCAGGAGGCCUUGGGGAAGUUCAUGCUGAACCCGCGGCGGUACCUCCUGCCCCCCAUGCCGCGGCCGCCCUGCAAGGUGUCUGUGAUCGGGCCUCCGUGUGCAGGGAAGAGCACGCUGUGUACCCUACUGGCCCAGCACUACGGAGCAGAGGUGGUGGACAUGGAGGUCUUGAUGAAGCCAGUCAUCGCCAAGGUCAAACAAGACAUGCUGGAGAAGGUCAAGAGAGACUCCACCCUCAUGGCCAUCGAGAGGGUCAAGGUCAAGAUGGAACUGGACGCCACCCACGGGUCCAGUGAGUGAUGGGAUGAUUAUGGUGAUGAUGAUGAUGAUUACAUGGUGAAAAAGUGUAUCAAUCCUUUGCUCUGUUUCUUGUGUUGUCCUCUCACCUGCAAAUCAUUUAUAGUAUGAGCAUUUAGUCAAAUGUAAUAAAAUGUGUAUUUCCUGCAGUAAACAUGAGAUCCAACAUCAGUGAGGAGGAGUCUGAUGACAAUGAUUCAGGUGAGUAAAUCAGACUCUAACCAACAGACAGAUAAUUUCUGCCUAAUAGACAGACACAUUUAGUCUAACUGGUGAUUCUGAUGUCAUCCCACAGAGACAUCCACGACCCACUCCUUGAGUGAAAAGACUGAGGAAGGUGAGCAACACAACCAUACACUCACCCUACAUGUCACCCUACUCUGUUUGACUGUCUGCUGAAGUGUCGUUGUUGUUGUUGUUGCUGGGAUACAGUGAUGAUGGAGGUGACAGAGGAGCACCCAGAUGUACAGGCCAUCGUGGAAGAGGCUUUAAAGGAGGCGGAGCAGGUUGUAACCCCGCCCUCUCUGGACCUGUAUGCAGAGGUGCUGGAGAAUCACAUCAGAGAGGUUCGUCUGAAGUCAAGUAAAUUACCAUGAAGAUGAAAUAGCUGAAAGUUCACAGUAUCCUUCCAAAUUGAAAAAGCUAUGCCUUGUUGGCAGUGAUGUUCUCUAUCAAAUGAAUAUUCCAGAUUGAGAUGGCCGAUGCAGACUCGGAGAUCAGGAGAGGGUGGGUGCUGGACAACUUUCCCAGGAACAGGUCCCAGUUGGCAACCAUUCAGGAUCUCCACGAUGGGAUCAUGCCCGAUAUCCUGUUCUGCCUGAAAGACAAUGAUGGGGAAGGUGGGAGAAACUACAACUCACAACAACAAAUAGUACUGUCAUUAGUAAUGCCUAUGGAUUAUUAAUCUGAAGACUGACAUAUUUGUAGUUCCAUACAAAUGUAGAAUAUUUCCGUUGCAGGUAGGGUAGUAUUGAAGAGGAUGUAUGAACAGAACAGGGAGGAGGUUGACAAGGUAAUCAAGAGGCUUGAAGAACAGCAGAAACAGAAGGCCCAGGAGGCUCAAGAUGCCUUGUGAGUAGAGCCGAAAUGGAGGGGGAAUGAUGUGUUGGUCCUCUCCAUUGUUGGCGCCAACAUGGAUGGUUGGGUUAGUCAGUUUCAUCUUGCUGUAUGUGUUUUUGUGGCCUUCUGUAGAAACCGUAUGCAGCAGGACACAGAGGAGGAUCUUAAGCCAACAGAUCCUCAAGCCAAACUGGAGGCAGUGCAAGAGGAGGCAGAGGGUACUGUUCCAUUUUAACUAAAUGUUGUCAUUCUCGAUCUCGAUCCUCAAAAACAUGACUUACUGGUAUGCUUCUCACAUCAUGCUGCCUUCUGUGAUCACAGCUUUUGUAUACUCAUAUCUAUCUACUAUGUAUCCUCUUAAUUUGCUUUGCAGAAGCCUCUGCCAAAUCUGAUGCAGACGAUGCUGACAAAAGCCCACCUACCGUCAGCAUAAAAGGUGGAGGUGAGACUGAUCAACGGCCAUCUGAGCAAUGUGAAAACAUGUUUUUGUUUUGUGUUAUUAUGAUGAUGAUUAUAUAUCUGAUGUAAAGUGCCACCUGCUUCCAUCCAUCCAUCCAUUGCUCUCUCUCUCUCUCUCUCUCUCUCUCUCUCUCUCUCUCUCUCUCUCUCUCUCUCUCUCUAGAGGUGACUCUGCCUGCAGUGUGGAAUAGAGGCUAUCCAGACGGUCCAGAAAUGAACCCAUUCAAGCUGCAGCUGAAGCAGUUUGUGAUGGACUGGGAGAGCAUGGAGUCCUCUAUCACAGGCAGCUACAACAUACUGGAGACCUCUGGCAAGAGCCCUGAGGACCUGGUCCAGGAGAUGGUCUUCCACAUGGAGAGUGAGUUUUCAGCCUAGCGUGUGUGUGUGGCAGGAGGGGAUAGGGGUGGAGGGCUCAGGGUGUGUGUGUGGGCGGAGGGGGUGGGGGGCUCAGGGUGUGUGUGUGGCAGGAGGGGAUAGGGGUGGAGGGCUCAGGGUGUGUGUGUGGCAGGAGGGGAUAGGGGUGGAGGGCUCAGGGUGUGUGUGUGGCAGGAGGGGGUAGUGGUGGAGGGCUCAGGGAGUGUGUGUGGGCGGAGGGUUGGGGGGCUCAGGGUGUGUGUGUGGGCGGAGGGGUUAGGAGUGGAGGGCUCAGGAUGUGUGUGUGGGCGGAGGAGGUGGGGGGCUCAGGGUGUGUGUGUGGGCGGAGGGGGUAGGGGUGGAGGGCUCAGGGUGUGUGUGUGGGCGGAGGGGGUAGGGGUGGAGGGCUCAGGGUGUGUGUGUGGGCGGAGGGGUUAGGAGUGGAGGGCUCAGGAUGUGUGUGUGGGCGGAGGAGGUGGGGGCUCAGGGUGUGUGUGUGGGCGGAGGGGUUAGGAGUGGAGGGCUCAGGAUGUGUGUGUGGGCGGAAGAGGUGGGGGGCUCAGGGUGUGUGUGUGGGCGGAGGAGGUGGAGGGCUCAGGGUGUGUGUGUGGGCGGAGGGGGUAGGGGGGCUCAGGGUGUGUGUGUGGGCGGAGGAGGUGGAGGGCUCAGGGUGUGUGUGUGGGCGGAGGGGGUAGGGGUGGAGGGCUCAGGGUGUGUGUGUGGCAGGAGGGGAUAGUGGUGGAGGGCUCAGGGAGUGUGUGUGGGCGGAGGGGGUAGGGGUGGAGGGCUCAGGGUGUGUGUGUGGCAGGAGGGGAUAGUGGUGGAGGGCUCAGGGAGUGUGUGUGGGCGGAGGGUUGGGGGGCUCAGGGUGUGUGUGUGGGCGGAGGGGUUAGGAGUGGAGGGCUCAGGAUGUGUGUGUGGGCGGAGGAGGUGGGGGGCUCAGGGUGUGUGUGUGGGCGGAGGGGGUAGGGGUGGAGGGCUCAGGGUGUGUGUGUGGGCGGAGGGGGUAGGGGUGGAGGGCUCAGGGUGUGUGUGUGGGCGGAGGGGUUAGGAGUGGAGGGCUCAGGAUGUGUGUGUGGGCGGAGGAGGUGGGGGCUCAGGGUGUGUGUGUGGGCGGAGGGGUUAGGAGUGGAGGGCUCAGGAUGUGUGUGUGGGCGGAGGAGGUGGGGGGCUCAGGGUGUGUGUGUGGGCGGAGGGGGUAGGGGUGGAGGGCUCAGGGUGUGUGUGUGGGCGGAGGGGGUGGAGGGCUCAGGGUGUGUGUGUGGGCGGAGGGGGUAGGGGUGGAGGGCUCAGGGUGUGUGUGUGGGCGGAGGGGUUAGGAGUGGAGGGCUCAGGAUGUGUGUGUGGGCGGAGGAGGUGGGGGGCUCAGGGUUUGUGUGUGGGCGGAGGAGGUGGGGGGCUCAGGGUGUGUGUGUGGGCGGAGGAGGUGGAGGGCUCAGGGUGUGUGUGUGGGCGGAGGAGGUGGAGGGCUCAGGGUGUGUGUGUGGGCGGAGGGGGUAGGGGUGGAAGGCUCAGGGUGUGUGUGUGGGCGGAGGGGUUAGGAGUGGAGGGCUCAGGAUGUGUGUGUGGGUGGAGGAGGUGGGGGGCUCAGGGUGUGUGUGUGUGGGCGGAGGAGGUGGGGGGCUCAGGGUGUGUGUGUGGGGCGGAGGAGGUGGGGGGCUCAGGGUGUGUGUGUGUGGGAGGAGGGGGUAGGGGUGGAGGGCUCAGGGUGUGUGUGUGGGCGGAGGGGGUGGGGGGCUCAGGGUGUGUGUGUGGGCGGAGGGGGUAGGGGUGGAGGGCUCAGGGUGUGUGUGUGGCAGGAGGGGGUAGGGGUGGAGGGCUCAGGGUGUGUGUGUGGGCGGAGGGGGUAGGGGUGGAGGGCUCAGGGUGUGUGUGUGGGCGGAGGGGGUAGGGGUGGAGGGCUCAGGGUGUGUGUGUGGGCGGAGGGGGUAGGGGUGGAGGGCUCAGGGUGUGUGUGUGGGCGGAGGGGGUGGGGGGCUCAGGGUGUGUACAUGUGUGUUUUUUGUGCUGGUGAAAGAGAGUAUGUCAGGGUACUGAGAGUAUGUGAGUGUUUGAGGUUAAGUGACUUUACUGGCUUGGUCAAAUAGUGUGGCACAGGGCAGAGUUAUAAGGCACCUUUAGAAUGUAUUCAUAGUCCUUGACUUAUUCCACAUUUUGUUGUGUUACAGCCUGAAUUCAAAAUGGAUACAAAAAUAUAUAUAUUCUCACCUAUACGUCACAUACUUCUCACAAUCACACAAUAGCCCAUAAUGACAAAGUGAAAACAUGUUUAAAGACAUUUUUGCAAAUGUAUUGAAAAUGAAAUAUCUCAUUUACAUAAGUAUUCAAACCCCUGAGUCAAUACAUUGUAGAAGCACCUUUGGCAGCUUUCCACACCUGGAUUGUGCAACAGAUGGCCAUUAUUAAGCUCUGUCAAAUUGGUUGUUGAUCAUUGCUAGACAACCAAGUAGAUUUAAGUCAAAACUGUAACUCAGCCACUCAGGAACAUUCACUGUCUUCUUUGUAAGCAACACCAGUGUUGAUUUGGCCUGCUGAAAGGUGAAUGAAUCUCCCAGUGUCUGGUGGAAAGCAGACUGAACCAGGUUUUCCUCUAGGAUUUUUCCUGUGCUUAGCUCGAUUCCGUUUCUUUUUUAUCCUGGAAAACUCCCCAGUCCUUAAUGAUUACAAGCAUACCCAUAACAUGAUGCAGUCAAAACUAUGCUUGAAAAUAUGGAGAGUGGUACUCAGUAAUGUGUUGAAUUGGAUUUGCCCCAAACAUAACAUUUUGUAUUCAGGACAAAAAGUUAAUUGCUUUGCCACGUUUUUUGCAGUUUUACUUUAGUGCCUUGUUGCAAACAGGAUGCAUGUUUUGGAAUAUUUGUAUUUUGUACAGUCUUCCUUCUUUUCACUUUGUCAAUUAGGUUCGUAUUGUGGAGUAACUACAAUGUUUUUGAUCCAUCCUCAGUUUUCUCCUAUCACAGCCAUUAAACUCUGUAACUGUUUUAAAGUCACCAUUGACCUCACGGUGAAAUCCGUGAGCAGUUUCCUUCCUCUCCAGCAACUGAGUUAGGAAGGUGUCACGAUCGUCUGAAGGAGCGGACCAAUGCGCAGCGUUGCGAGUGAACAUGAUGACUUUAUUAUUUAAAGCAACCACGAAGAAAACAACAAAUGACGAUACGUGAAGUUCAAAUACUGAUACAGACUAACAGCAACACGGAAACAAUAACCCACAAAACAAAGGAGAAAACACACAGAAUAUAUAUGGCUCCCAAUCAGAGAUAACGAGCCGACAGCUGACACUCGUUACCUCCGAUUGGGAGUCAUAGACCAAUCACCACAACACAAACAAAAUGAAACUCACCCAUCCCCAACACCACCAAAUGAAAUACACCCAAACACAUGAAAAUGAACAACCCUGGCUCAAUAUUCAAAGUCCAUAGAGCCAGAGUGUCACAGUACCCCCCCCUAAAGGUGCGAACUCCGGGCGCACCAACAUCAGGACUAGGGGAGGGUCUGGGUGGGCGUCUGUCCAUGGUGGCGGCUCUGGCCCCGGUCGUGAUCCCCACCCCACCACAGUCACAACCUGCUUCGGUAGCUUCCUCCCAAUGACCACCCUCCAACUAACCCCACCUGGACUAAGGGGCAACACCGGACUAAGGGGCAGCAUCGGCCUAAGGGGCAGCACCGGGAUAAGGGGCAGCACCGGGAUAAGGGGCAGCACCGGGACAAGGGGCAGCACCGGGCUAAGGGGCAGCACCGGACUAAGGGGCAGCACCGGACUACGGGGCAGCACCGGGCUAAGGGACAGUACCUGACUAAGGGGCAGCACCGGACUAAGGGGCAGUACCAGGCUGAAUGGCGGAUCCCGGCUGGUCGGCUCUGUCGGAUCCCGGCUGGACGGCUCUGGCGGAUCCCGGCUGGACGGCUCUGGCGGAUCCCGGCUGGACGGCUCUGGCGGAUCCCGGCUGGACGGCUCUGGCGGAUCCCGGCUGGACGGCUCUGGCGGAUCCCGGCUGGACGGCUCUGGCGGAUCCCGGCUGGACGGCUCUGGCGGAUCCCGGCGGGACGGCUCUGGCGGAUCCCGGCUGGACGGCUCUGGCGGACCCCGGCUGGACGGCUCUGGCGGAUCCUGGCUGGACGGCUCUGGCGGAUCCUUGCUGGACGGCUCUGGCGGAUCCUGGCUGGACGGCUCUGGCGGAUCCUGGCUAGACGGCUCUGGCGGAUCCUGGCUGGACGGCUCUGGCGGAUCCUGGCUGAACGGCUCUGGCGGAUCCUGGCUGGACGGCUCUGGCGGAUCCUGGCGGGACGGCUCUGGCGGAUCCUGGCUGGACGGCUCUGGCGGAUCCUGGCUGGACGGCUCUGGCGGAUCCUGGCUGGACGGCUCUGGCGGAUCCUGGCUGGACGGCUCUGGCGGAUCCUGGCUGGACGGCUCUGGCGGAUCCUGGCGGGACUGCUCUGGCGGAUCCAGGCUGGACGGCUCUGGCAGAUCCUGGCGGGACGGCUCUGGCGGAUCCAGGCUGGACGGCUCUGGCGGAUCCUGGCUGGACGACGGAUCUGGCUGCUCAUGGCGGGCUGACGGAUCUGGCUGCUCAUGGCUGGCUGACGGAUCUGGCUGCUCAUGGCUGGCUGACGGAUCUGGCUGCUCAUGGCUGGCUGACGGAUCUGGCUGCUCAUGGCUGGCUGACGGAUCUGGCUGCUCAUGGCUGGCUGACGGGUCUGGCUGCUCAUGGCUGGCUGACGGGUCUGGCUGCUCAUGGCUGGCUGACGGAUCUGGCUGCUCAUGGCUGGCUGACGGAUCUGGCUGCUCAUGGCUGGCUGAUGGUGCUGGCUGGGAGGCUGGCGGUGGAGGCGAACCCCAGCCUCGGAUUGCAGUCAUCACCUCCAGCAGGGCGGCUCCCAUCUGCAGGAGCUGCUCUUUCUGGUCCCGAACCCGAGCUUCCAGUCUAGUAUGGGCUGCGUCGGCUCCUGCUGAUUCCAUAGCAGGUGUAUGAUUCUGUCUGGCGGCAGGCUCUAGCGGCUCCUGUCUGGCGGAAGGCUCUAGCGGCUCCGAUCUGGCGGACGGCUCUGAAGGCUCAUGGCAGACGGACGGCUUUGCAGGCUCAGUACAGACGGGCGGCUUAUGCAGCGCUUGGCAGACGGGCAGUUCAGACGCCCUAGGGCAGACGGCAGACUCUGGCCGGCUGGCGACGCACAUCGUGGACCUGGUGCGUGGAGUAGGAACAGGCCGGUCCAUACCGGGAACACACACCAAUGGCCUUAACUGCGGAUCAGGAACAGGCCGGACCGGACUGGUAACACACUUCAGUCUCUCAUGCCGUGCCACAACAACUUCCCUCCUUCCACUCGCCAAUGGCUCCCGUACUCCGUUAGCCUUCUCUCCUUUUCUCCCUGUGGCAGCCUCCUGCUGCCCAGCUGCCCAAGCCAUGUGCCCCCCCCAAAAAAUUUCUUGGGGUUGCCUCUCUUCCACGGGCUUCCAGCCUCGCCUUCGCGCUGCCUCCUCGUACCACCUCCUCUCGGCUUUGGCUGCCUCCAGCUCUUCACGAGGGAGGCGAUAUUCUCCCGGUUGUGCCCAAGGAUCCUUUCCGUCCAAUAACUCUUCCCAUGUCCAGACCCUCGGCUCCUGGACACGCUUGUUACGCUGCUUGGUCCUUUUGUGGUGGGUUAUUCUGUCACGAUCGUCUGAAGGAGCGGACCAAUGCGCAGCGUUGCGAGUGAACAUGAUGACUUUAUUAUUUAAAGCAACCACGAAGAAAACAACAAAUGACGAUACGUGAAGUUCAAAUACUGAUACAGACUAACAGCAACACGGAAACAAUAACCCACAAAACAAAGGAGAAAACACACAGAAUAUAUAUGGCUCCCAAUCAGAGAUAACGAGCCGACAGCUGACACUCGUUACCUCCGAUUGGGAGUCAUAGACCAAUCACCACAACACAAACAAAAUGAAACUCACCCAUCCCCAACACCACCAAAUGAAAUACACCCAAACACAUGAAAAUGAACAACCCUGGCUCAAUAUUCAAAGUCCAUAGAGCCAGAGUGUCACAGAAGGACAACUGUAUAUUUGUAGUGACUGGGUGUUUUGAUACACCAUCCAAACUGUAAUUAAUAACUUCACCAUGCUCAAAGGGAUAUUCAAUGUCUGCUUUUUUAUUGUUACCCAUCUUCCAAUAGGUGCCCUUCUUUGCGAAGCAUUGGAAAACCUCCCUGGUCUUUGUGAUUGAAUCUGUGUUUGAAAUUCACUGCUCGACUGAGGGACCUUACAUAUAAUUGUAUGUGUGGGGUACAGAGAUGAGGUAGUCAUUCAGAAAUCAUGUUAAACACAAUUAUUGCUCACAGAGUGAGUCCAUGCAACCUAUUAUGUUACUUGUUAAGCAAAUGUUUAUUUACUCCUGAACUUAUUUAGGCAUGCCAUAACAAAGGGGUUGACUACUUUUUGACUCAAGACGUUUCAGUGUUUCAUUUUUAAUUAAUUUGUACAAAUUUCGAAAAACAUAAUUCCACUUUGACAUUAUGGGGUAUUGUGUGUAGGCCAGUAACAAAAAAUCUAAAUUGAAUCCAUUUUAAAUUCAGGCUGUAACACAACAAAAUGUUUAAAAAGUCAAGGGGGGUGAAUACUUUCUAAAGGCACAUUAGGUACCUAAUAACCUUGAUGUGUGUUUUCCCAAGAGCCUUUUAAGUACGUGGGCUGGGAGCUGUCAGGAGUAGACCUGGAUGAGGAGGAGGAAGAUGCUCAGGCCUUGGCUGAGCUGGAGAAACCUGAGGAGGCAGAAGAAGAGGAGGAACAGGAGACAGACGUACGUCCUACAUGGAGAAACCCACUAAUGUGCUAUAGUAGUUGGCAAUUUAGACCUUACACAUUUCUUGUACUCAUUCGCCAUUUAAAUGCACUGUAGCUGAAAAUAAAAUUACCUCAGACUUCACAGUAUAGGUAGUCUAACCAAAAAUGUCCCGUGCAUGUCUGUUUACCAUGAUCCCAUACUGCUGUUUUUCUGUAGCAUUUUUAUGACAUACCCUCUCUCCUCUCCCUGCUGUGUCCAGGAGGAGGCAGUGUCUAAGAGGCUGAUGGGGGACACCCAACACUUCUGUCCCGUGUCCCUGAAGGAGAACGGGGCACUGAUCCCCUGUCUGGACGAAUAUGCUGCCAAGUACAGAGAGAAAGCCUACUACUUCUCUAGUACUGAGGCCAGGGACCGCUUCUUACUGAGCCCCGAGACAUACGUCUCACACAUACAGCUAUUGCAGGUAGGAGAGGAGGGAUGGAGGGAGGCAGCGAGGGAGGGAGGGAGGGAGAAACAGAGUGGAAGAGUGACAGAGAGAAACAGAGAGGAAGUAAGAGCUACUGGAUAACUUGUUGAACAAUUCAAUUAAUGAAUGUCUGAAAUGGACAAAUAGCUAAGACAAGUGAAUCCAUGAUAAAAUAAUGAUUCCACUUGACCCCCAUAUUCUAUCCCUCUUCCUCUCCACCUCCCCCUCCGUCCCCACCCCAGGCCCCAGCUCUGAGGGUCUUCCUGCUGGGUACGCGGGGCUCUGAUAAGACCACCCACGGGAAGUGGCUGGCGGAGCAACUGGGGGUUUUUCACAUCCAGUUCAGGGAGUGCCUGCAGGAGCUGAUCCUGGGGAAGACCCAGGCCCGCGUACCCUACUCUGAUGAGGUGGAGCCCCCUGAGGAUCCCCCUGAGGACCUGGAGGCCCUUCUGCUGCAGGCACAGGGAGGGGGAGGGGCAGGGGCAGCAGUGCCCUCUACGGACAAGGAGGAAAAAAACAGUAGGAAGGACAGCCCAGAGGAAGCCCCAGCAUCAGAGGUAAAGGAUAUGAUACUGUCACAUGUCACAGUUGUUAUGUUGCAGUAUUGCAGCUUGUUUCCCUGGGAUUUAAUGUAAGCUAUGGAGGGCUGUCUGUGUUGCUGUGUAUGUUGCUAGCAGGAGGUGGGACUGAGCGACGAGGAGGAGGCCAUUAAGUCCUAUCUGUUUGAUGGAGAGCCUCUGCCUCAGGAGAUCUUGGAGAUGAUGCUGCCACAGUUUUGGGACCAGGAGCCAUACAAGUACUAAGACACUUCACUAACACACACACAAACUCAUCUUGACACACAAGGCACUCUCGCCCACUGACUCCCCUACUUGACUGAUUUGCUGCACCUCCCUCCCUCUCCUACCUCCCUCCCUACCCCAGAUCGAAAGGAUUCGUCCUGGAGGGUUUCCCCCAGAACCCUGAGGACGUGUCCUUCAUGGUGGAGCGCCGGCUAUUCCCGGACGCCGCCGUGGUCAUGACGGUGGACGUGACAGACGUCGUGCAGCGCCUGCUGCCCCCCCGCCUGGCCAGCUGGAGAGAACGCCGUGACCGCAGGAGAGAACAGCUGAGACUAGUCAGGGAGCUACGCCACAAACUACGGGUGAGAGGAGAGCAGGGCAGAUUACUUGGGCUUCAGAACAGGGAGCCAAGUGGGGGAGAAGGUGGGGGAAAGUAGAGUGGCUCAACACUCAAGGUAGGUGAUAGAGGUCAUAUUAAAACACUCUCUCUUUCUCUCUCUAUCCCCCCCUCCUCUCUCUCUCUCUCUAUCUUUCUCCCCCUCCCCCCUCCUCUCUCUCUAUCUCGCUCUGUUGAUGCAGGAGGAGGCCAUCACCCGGAGGAGGGCUGAGCUCAUGGCAGAGCAUGCCUCAAAGCAACCAGCUGCAAAGGUAGUCCCUCAUUGUCACAAACACAGAUGCUGUGACUCUUUGAGGCUGAUAUUAGUCUGUGCUAUAUUAGUUUGGGAAGAGUUUAUGAUUACACUCUGAUAAGUAGGUACUCUGUCAUCCACUGUUCCUUACGGUCUCUCUCUGUGUGCCAGGUGAAGGAUGAGGAGGAUGAGGAGGACCAGGAGGAGUUUGAUGAGGAGGAGGGGAUGGAGGAGAUCGAGGCCAUACUGAUUGAGGAGUUUACUCUGGACGAGGAGGAUGAUGGGGAGGAUGAGGAGACAGAAGCGGCUGCUGAGGAGAGGCUGGAGAUGGAGAUUGGGGAACGCUUCGAGAGAGACGACACCAACUUCACCAGGAUGAUGGUACAGAGACACACAUACUGUCCUGCUAUGAACAGGCCUUAGUGUACUUAGAGGCAUUAUAAUAAUAAUAAUAAUACAUUUGUAACCCAAAGUGCCAUUAUAAAUCAAAUCACAUUUUAUUUGUCACAUGCUUUGUAAACAACAGGUCAAAUGCUUACUAACGGGCUUACUAACGGGUCCUUCCCAACAAUGCAGAGAGAAAAAUGUAAAAAUAAUAACACAAGGAAUAAAUACACAGUGAGUAACGGUAGCUUGUCUAUAUACACAGGGUAUCAGUGCAGAGUAUAAAAGACGAGGUAUAAAAGACUAGGUGUAAUUUAGUUGAAUUACAAAAGCAUUUUUAAAAAACGGCAUUAUACUGUAACUUCAUCUUAUCGAUUAGAGAAGGUUAGGCUCCAUAACUGAAGACAUACUUUUCCCUCCCCGCCUUCCAUUUAUGUCACCCUGCACCUUUUCUUUCCUUUAUAUAAUUGUAUGACACUCCCACAGACCCCCAAUCUUAGUAUGUGUUUAUUUACUCAUGUGGUUGUUUGUUGUUGUUCAGGAACUCCUGGAUGAAAACCAGAUCCCUAAGGUGACCAUUAACGGUGGCCGUAAGCCCAGGAUCGUGCGCUACCAGCUGCUUCAGAAGGUCCAGCCCCUGGUCACCAACAGGGAGGCCCACUUCCACAAGUGCCAGCCCAUCAGCUAUACCCUGGCUCGCAAGCUGCUCUGCUCGUCCUUCAAGUAUAACAGCUCCUUUGGCUGCUGGGACCCCGUCAAGGUCAGUAUAAACCGACAAAUACACAUCUCUCUCUCUCUCUCUCUCUCUCUCUCUCUCUUCAAAUCCCAAUCUGCUUUAGUCAGUGGAUGUGGACCUCUUCAUAGUGUGAUAAAAAAUAAUCAACUUCGACUAACCUUCUGUUUAUCCCCGUAUGUUGUGAUGUGACUAAUAGCAGAUCUCAUAUGUUCCUCUUUUAGUACACAGAGGGAGACCUGAUCCAGCCAGUGCAGGGUCCCCUGAACACCCCCUACCCCGUGCUCUUCCACCAGUUCAUCUACUUCUUCGCCUCCAAGGAGACGAGGAACACCUUCGUCCUCAACCCCAUCAAGUACCUGAAGCAGCCCAAACCCAACCCCUCCCUUCCCAUAAAACUGGUCAUCAUCGGACCACCCAAGUCAGGCAAAACCACAGGUCAGAGUUCGCAACACGUAGAGGCAUAUUACACAAGUUCUCAUCCAGAAAAAGUACUAAAUUGUCAUACUUGAGUAAAAGUAAAGAUACCUUAAUAGAAAAUUACUCAAGUAAAAGUGAAAGUCACCCAGUAAAAUACUACUUGUGUAAAAGUCUAAAAGUAUUUGGUUUACUUAAGUAUCAAAAGUAAAUCUAAUUGCUAAAAAUAUACAUAAGUAUCAAAAGUAAAAGUAUAAAUAAUUUGAAAUUCCUUAUAUAAAGCAAACCAGACAGCAUCAUUUUCUUGUUUUUUAUUUAUUUACGCAUAACCAGGGGCAUGCUCCAACACUCAGACAUCAUUUACCAACAAAGCUUGUGUUUAGUGAGUCUGCCAGAUCAGGGGCAGUAGGGAUGACCAGAGAGGUUAUCUUGAUAAGUGUGUGAAUUAUGCAAUUUUCCUGUCCUGCUAAGCAUUCAAAAUAUAAUGAGUACUUUUGGGUGUCAGGGAAAAUGUAUGAAGUAAAAAGUACAUUAUUUUCUUUAGGAAUGUAGUGUAGUAAAAGCAACAGUUGUCAAAAAUAUAAAUAGUAAAUAAAAGGACAGAUACCCCCCCACCAAAAAACGACUUAAGUACUACUUUCAAGUAUUUUUACUUUACACCACUGUUCUCAUCACAGCUUUAGCUCUGUGGUAAGUGAACGUAAUUCACUUUUUGUAAGGAUUGUUUGCAAUAUGUUUAUUUGAUUCUUAUACUCCUUUCUCCUCUAUGAAUGCACUAAAACUCACUUUACUGUAACUUGUCAAACAAUGCAAUAGGAUUUGAUUCUCUCUAACACAAACUUAGAUUUAAGACCAUCUCAGGCCAGUUCUGCCAAUCCAGCUGUACAUUAGCUCACCCUAACAGAGAACACACCCAUCUCUAUCUGUGUUGUGCAGUGGCGAGGAUGUUUGCCCAUGAGUACAGCCUGGCUCGUCUGUCCAUUGGGGACGUGAUGCGGACUGUGCUGGCCAGCCAGGGUAGGACAGAGCUGGCCACCCAGAUGAUGAAGCACCUCUCCCAGGGUCACACCUUGCCAGACGAAUUGGCCAUCCAGUGUCUGGAGGUGGCCCUCAUGAACCUGGUCUGCAGCACCAGGGGGUAAGGCCGCUAACCUUGGCAGAAAUAUAGAGGCGGUGUUGAAUUUCCCCCUUUCUAAUGUCUGGCUUCUUUCUGAAUGAUGUCAUAAAACGUAAAAAGUCAAUUAGUCCCAGUGAGACGGUAAUUGUUUUAGUUGAUCCAUGCAGACCAAUCAAAAGCUGGAAAAAGGUUGUAUUGAACAGACCAAAAGCAACAUUUCAUUGUAUGUCAACCAGAAGGUUGACAAGGCUAUACAUUGUAUUUCCAUGACAUAUUCUAUUUACUGUAUUUCCUCCCCUAUCUCAGGUACGUGUUGGACGGCUUCCCUAUGACGCGUAAGCAGGCUGAUUUGAUGGAGGCUCGGAGCAUCAUCCCAGUGCUUGUGGUGGAGCUGCAGCUGGACACCGUGGAGGUGCUAAAGAGAGGCCUCAGUGACAAGAUGAAGCCCAACAGGUCAGAGGGGUGGCACUAGAUGGCCAUGCCAGAGAGGACAAAACUGUUGUGUACUGUACAUCCAGCUACAUGCAUCAAUCUCAAAUGAAUGGGAAAGUUUGCCACCAUCUGAAAUUAAUAAACUUUGACAGUGUCUAUGCUUCCCAUUCAUUUGAGAUUUAGGGCAUGUAGCUGGAUCUACACAACAGACGACCUGGGACAUGGAUUAAUCUUAUCAUUUUGGCGUAAACUGUCACUUUAUUAUCCCCCUCCCCUGGCAGGCCCCACCUGAUGCAUGACAGCCCCCAGAUCCUGAACAUCCGUAACUCUAACUUCAAGCGUGAGGUGGAGGCGGUGAGGCAGCACUACCAGCAGCAGUACCAGAACUGGGUCUCUGUGGAUGGACACAACUCCAAGUGGUGGGUCUGGAACAGAGUCCUGGAUGAGGCCCGCAUGCGCAUGAGACACAUCCACACCUACCUGGAGAAAAUACGCACUGGUAAUAUAUACAGUCUAGAGCAGUGUUUCCCAAACCUCUCCUACCCAGUCAGUCCACUUACUGUAUUUGAUGUAUCCCAGAACCAGCACAGCUGAUUUAAAUGGUUGCCUAAUCAUCAAGCCCCUCAUUAGUUCUGGAAUACAUCAGAUAUGUGGACUGGCUGGGGGUACUUGAGGAGAGGUUUGGGAAACACUGAUCUAGAGAAAAUAUAAAAAAGCCUAUUCAAUUAUUUGAUUUCUACACUGAACAAAAAUAUAAACGCAACAUGUAAAGUGUUGGUCCCAUGUUUCAUGAGCUGAAAUAAAAUAUCCCAGAAAUGUUCCAUACGCACAAAAAGCUUAUUUCUCUCAAAUGUUGUGCACAAAUUUGUUUACAUCCUUGUAAGUGAGCAUUUCUCCUUUGCCAAGGUAAUCCAUCCACCUGACAGAUGUGACAUUUCAAGAAGCUGAUUAAACAGCAUGAUCAUUGCACAGGUGCACCUUGUGCUGGGGACAAUAAAAGGCCCCUCUAAAAUGUGCAGUUUUACAUUUACAUUUUAGUCAUUUAGCAGACGCUCUUAUCCAGAGCGACUUACAGUUACUGGCCCCACGUGGGAAUCGAACCCACAACCCUGGCGUUGCAAGCGCCAUACUCUACCAAUUGAGCUACAGGAGGCCUGUUUUGAGGGAGCAUGCGAUUGGCAUGCUGACUGCAGGAAUGUCCACCAGAGCUGUUGCCAGAGAAUUUAAUGUUCAUUUCUCUACCAUGAGCCGCCUUCAACAUUGUUUUAGAGAAUUUGGGUGUAUGUCCAACCGGCCUCACAACCGCAGACCACGUGUAUGGCGGCGUGUGGUCGACCAGUUUGCUGAUGUCAACGUUGUGAACAGAGUGCCUCAUGGUGAUGGUGGGGUUAUGGUAUGGGCAGGCAUAAGCUAAGAACAUCAAACGCAAUUGCAUUUUAUCAAUGUAAAUUUGAAUGCACAGAAAUACCGUGACGAGAUCCUGAGGCCCAUGUCUUUAAAGGUAUCUGACCAACAGAUGCAUAUCUGUAUUCCCAGUCAUGUGAAAUCCAUAGAUUAGGGCCUAAUACAUUUAUUUCAAUUGACUGAUUUCCUCAUAUGGACUGUAACUCAGUAAAAUCUUAGAAAUUGUUGCAUUUAUAUUUUUGUUCAGUAUAUAUUAAAGGCUAAUGAGAUCGCUGCUUCUCCUAUGUCUUUGACCCUGGCCCCUACAGGCCAUGCAGCUAGCAUCGACAGGCUGUGCAUCACCCCAAAGGAGCUGAAGUCUCGGCUGGGUGAGUUUAGCCAUUACUGCCCUGUCAGCCUGGCCCUCCAUCGCCACCUGGUGGACUGUUCUCUCACUACAUCUCUGGAGCUGGCAGCUGAGUUCAGGGGACACUAUUACAAGAUGUGCUCUCGGGAGUACCUGAAGGUGGGUCUCAUACCUGGUGACAGUCAUCAUUGAGUUGGCGACUAUAAUGUGUGUAAAGUGCUCUGCGAGAUCUGUGGUUAAAAGGUACAAUGUAUAUUAUUACAUCACAGGAACUAAUUUAUUAACAGAGGUAAAAUGAUAGUGAUUUCUCUCUUUGUAUUGUACCCCUAUCUACAAAAGCUCUUCCUGGAGACUCCAGAACAGUUUGUGAUCCCGGGCUGCCCCCACGCUCUCCCUCCUCCCCACAUGAUGCCCAAGAAGCUUACGGCCGGCCAGGUGAAGGCCAGGUUCCCCCAGCAGGUGGAGAUGAAGGGCUACUGCCCUGUCACCUACCUGGACGGGAGGCAGAGGUACCCAGGAACACACUGGCAUUACUCCUAUCUAUUCAGUAUAGUACCAUUCUUCUUCAAUGCUGGCACAGGAGGGCAUGGGUUCUCUGUAGGUCUCUGGCUUUUUAAGAGGCCUCAAGUUUGGAAUAUGGCAGUUAUUAGGUAUCUAUUAAGUUAUUUAAAUGUAUUAGGCCAUAGAAAUAUAAUUAAAUGUUUAACGGAUUUCAUUUUUCGAAAAGAGUGAGCUAACAAAAAAAAUACCAAAAAAGUUGACCUUGUUAAAAUACUAUAGUGAUCUUAGUUCAACACCUAGAAACUUAAUCAAUAGAUUUUAACAUCUUAGAGAGAAUAUAAGUGGCAUAGUUCAGCAAUUUUCCUGAUUAUUAUAAUAAAAAUGUUUAUGAGAAAAGUGAAGUGGGGCAUCCGUUAAAUAUUUAAAUACAUUUGUUUGGCCUUAGGUAUUUAAAAACCUGAUCAGAGCAAACUUGCUCUCACAGACCUGUUGUGAUUUUUGCUCUCAACCCACCUCCCAGACAGGCUGCUUGCUAUAGGUUCUCAGUUAAUUCCGUUUCAUGUUAGUGCCAUUGAGAUGUAUUGAUUUUAGUUUGAAACUCUCCUCAGGUAUGAGGCCCUGGUUCGUGGAAGCGUGGAGUUCUCCGUGGAAUAUCGGCAACGAAUCUACAUUUUCGAGAAUAAACAGAAACAGGACAGGUUUCUGAGGUCAGUAAUGGACUGAUACAAUGAACCUGGUGUGAUCUCAAACUGUCAAUUUGAAUAUUGUUAGGAAGCCAAACCAAUUAUCUUCCAACAACUCCUUGCUCCUCCCCUCAGGUUACCUGAGACCUAUUGGAACCAGAAGCUGCCCGACAAGCUGCCUCCUAUGAGUGAGCCUGUGCAGCUCACCUCCCUGCCCAUGCUAGGCUACAUGGAACAGGUGAGACUGAGGCUCAAACACACCGGGAGGCACUCUGGAUGUAAUUACUGGAGUGACUUAAUCUGAAUAGAAAUUGCUGAAGUGUGUUUACACUACAGUGCAUGUGACAUACUGUAUGUUGACCAGAGGUUUUGUGUUCCAUAUCAGGGCGUGGCAAGAUCUGUCAUUAAAGCUCUGACGGCCGUCGGGUGUCUCAAACCAAAGUUUCCCUACCUCAGUGUGAAGAGAUCGGCUCUCCAUUAUCUGGCCUUUUAUUUGAAAGGUAUGCAAAAAUCCCUGAGAGAAGCCUUAGGGCUCUUCACACACCCAAGUUUAUGUCAUCAUCACAAUGUCACACGGCCACUGGUCAUGCUAUCUUUGCAGUGCAUUGGUCUCGGGUUAUAAUUUGACUGCAUUAUCUUGCUUGUCCAUUCUUUCAUCCUGUGCUCCCUCCUUAUUCCCUUCAUCCCUCUCUCCGUUCCUCAGCCUUCAACCCCAGGAACUCUGACUACAUCCGCCAGAAAUACAAGAAGAAGCUGGCGUCAUUUGAGGAGAAUUGUGAGCUUAUCUCCUACCUGGGCUCCACUAUGACCAAGAAGUACAGAGCUCCUCAGGAGCAGCCCAUAGACUUUGAAUUUAAGCUGCACAGGUUUCUGGCCUUUGGAGAGUCCACAGGGGCUGCUGCUGGGGUGCUAUAG